CACCUCGACACACGCGAGCCUCGCAGCUAACGCAGCAGUUGCAAGGCACGCGAGGCAACAGAGGCCUCUACUGGACCACAUCCGUCAAUCGCUGCGCGCUUGCUGCAUUUUCUGCAUUGCUUUGACCACUGACAGACACAGCAAGGACUGCAACAAAACUGAUGCGUCGCCUCGUCGCAGCAGCAAUGCUGCUCGGCAGUGCUGCACUGGCGCCGCACAAACACAAAGCGCUGCGACCGGCACACGCGGAGCCAUUGCUGCGACGCGCGCUCGGCACCGCAGCCGUAGCACUAGCGUUGAUAAUGCCAUCCACGGCCCAAGCCAAGGAAUUCACGGACGCGCAGCGGUUCGCGGCCGAGGCCUGGCGCGCCACGGACAAGUUGUACUACGAGCGCACGUUCGGUGGAGCCGACUGGUUCCGAGCGCGCAGCGACUUGAUACAGCAAGCGACAGAUGCGGAAAGCGCCAGAGGCGCCGUCGACAGCCUCCUCAGGAAGCUGGGCGACCCCUACACGCGCUAUGUAGAACCAGAAAAGUACGAAGCAUUAGUAUCAGCGACGCUCGGCGACGCCGCCGUCGUCGCCGGUGCCGGCGUGCAGGUCGUGGAUGGCGACAAUGGGAAAGUCGUCGUCGUUGAUGUGGAGCCGGGCGCGCCCGCGGAUAAAGCUGGGUUAAGGGCGGGCGACGAGAUCCAGCAAGUUGGUUCCAGUAAGGUACAAGACGCGGCGUCGACGGCCCAAAAGUUAAGGGGCGAGGAGGGGUCGCUCGUCAAAGUGGCUUACGUGAGAGAUGGUAAAGAUAAUCAGGCCGAUAUUAGUAGGGCGGUCGUGCCGCUGUCGACCGUGCGACGAGAUCAAUCCACGAUACGUAUCAAGGCGUUCCAGCUGGACACGGCCGCAAAAGUCAAGGAAAACGUUGACAAGGUGUCAGGACCCCUUAUCUUAGAUCUGCGGGGCAACCCUGGUGGAAGCUUGGAGGGCGGCGUCGAAACAGCGAGGCUCUUUCUACCGAAGGGCGCGAAGAUCACGACGGUCACGGCCGCGAACGGCCAGCCCUUCGCCUACGACGCCGUCGAGGACGGGGCGUUUUCUGGGAGGAAGCUCACGGUGCUAGUCAACAAGCAGACCGCGUCGGCCGCGGAAGUGCUCACGGCAGCUUUACAGGACAACAAGGCCGCGUCCGUGGUAGGUACGGAUUCACGAACCUACGGCAAGGGCGUGAUCCAGACCGUCCAACCGCUCGGCGACCCGCCGGGCGCCGAGGGCGCCGUCGCCGUGACCGUCGCGCGCUAUGCGACGCCCAGCGGCGGCGACUUGAACGGGAAGGGUGUCGCCCCGGAUCGCGUCGUGGCGUGCGGCGUGGCCGAGCGGGCGAGCUCGUGUGCUGGAAGGUAGCUGUCUCUUUGUGUAACGUUCG